AUGUCGAAUGAAGGCAAUUUAGAGCGGAUGCUUUCUACAACAACCGUCAGUUCAGUUGCUGUUCAGGCUGGGGAUUGCAGUAUUGUUAUAGCUAUACUUAAGUGUGGAAAAUGGGUGAAUCUGCAGCUGGCUGAAUCAACACCAAAUUUAUUAGAAAUUGGCAGCAAUCAAGAUGAGACUCAAAAGCUACUGCAAGAUCAUGAACUUCUCUUGGCUAAACUUAAGACUUUGGAAGACCGAGUGUGGGACCUGCUGCGUGAAGCAGACAAGGCUGCAGAGGAGAACAAAGAACAGAGCCAGGUGUAUGAUGCUAUGGCAGAGACCCUUGGGGAUGCAUGGGAUGCCCUCAUCAUUAUGUUACAGAAGCGAAGGGCACUUCUGGAACUUACGGCAGUGUUCUUCGAGAAUGCUCUGGAGUUUGCUGUUAAAAUUGACCAAGUUGAAGAUUUCCUCAAAAACGCCCAAGAGUUUGAAAACGUUGACUCUUUGAGAGAACUCCUUCUGCAACAAGAGCAUCAUACAAAAGAGCUCUUGGAAAAGUCACUGGCCCUCUUAAACAAAAGUCAAGAGCUAACUGAAUUCAUAGAAGGAUUCAAAUCUGAGGGGCCAAAUGCAAAUCCUGAACUGAUUCAGGGAGCCCACAGCAGCUGCUUGAAAAUUGACAAUCUCCUUGAACUAUUACAAGACCGGAGACGGCAACUGGACAGAUCUCUUAAACACCAACGCCAAGGACUCGAGCAGGUUCUGCACAUUUGUUUGUGGCACCAACAAGAGAAUCAGGUAACAUUGUGGUACAAGAACAACAUCGGAGAUUAUUUUCACAGGCAAAACCUAGGCUCGUCUUUAUUGGAAAAUGAAGAGCUAAUUAAAGAGCACAAUGAAAUGGAAGUCAAAGUGAAAGAAUGGAAUUCCACUGUGGAAACACUGAAGGCUGAAGCACUUAAAGUCUUGCUUUGGGAGGACUCUGCAGACAAAGAACAUCUGAAGCUUUCAAAUCAGAAAAUCUGUGUGCUGCAAGAAGAGGUAUGCUGCCAUAUGGAAGAGAGGAAGGCCCUGCUACAAGAGGCUAACGACUUUUUUAAUGCUGCUAAUAAGGCCGUUGGUGCUCUUGAAGAUAUUGAGAAUUACCUUAAAAUUCUUAAUUCAGAAGGCUUAAGUUUGCCUAUCUUAGCAAUGAAGUAUGAGGAAUUACAGGAAGAAAUUAAAGACUGCACAACCAGUACCUUGCAAAAGGGACAAACCUUAGUUAAUAAAGCAGAUUCUCACAGCUCUUGGAUGACAGGAAUUCAGAAAACGAUGGAGUACGUUCAGAAAAAAGUAGAUCGACUAGUUGGGCAGUGUCCAGAUUACAAAGAACUUACUUUGAAGAAGCAGCAAUUGACUGCGUCACUUGAAGAUCAUCUAAAUAAGGUAUCACAGUCAAUUAAAAAAAUCGCCCCGAUGCUUUUAACUGGUAUGGAGAUUGGUUUUGAUUUGUCCGAGUCUGAAAGAGUUUUGAACAAACAUCUUGAGCUGGCUAAUCAAACAAAGGAAACUUCAAAUGAACUGAAAGCAGCUGAGAAAAUCAUAAAAGAUUUGGAAGAACUUGAACCCGUGCAGGUGGCAGCUUUUUCUAGCAAAGCUGACUUUCUGAAUGAAGAACUGAAAAAAAUUGAAAGAAAUAUUAGUUCAAAACUAGAAAUUCUAGAAACUUAUGUGGCCUUUUUAAAGUCAGCAACAGAGGUGAAUGACCAUAUUCAAAAAUUGAAGAAGCUUUAUAAAUCUGAACCUCUACAAGCAAACAGAGAGGCUGAAAAUAAAACUGCAAUUGAGUCAGCUAAUACUCAGUGGCAAAAGGCUAUGAAGAAAAUUUUUUCCACCCAAGAGAUGGGUCACAAUUUUCUUAAUUUAGUAAACAUGGUAAAUGAGAGUUUAAUAUUAAAGGUAGAAAAAUCUGUACGAGUAACAGAAGAGACCAUUAUUAAUCUGAGUAAAGAAAAGAAAGAGCUGAUUGAUCUUUGGGUAAUUUGGAAUUAUAAAAUUAAUCAAGUAAAAUCUGUCAAGCAACAAUGCUGGAUAUUUAAAGAACAACUGAAAAAGACUACCCAUGGGUUAGAAAUUCUUCAAGAGGCACUUACACUUGCAGCAAUUGUUGACCUUGGAAGUGACCUUUGUAUUAUUUUGGAACUACAAAAAAAGCUUAACCAAAUGAAGCCACAGUUUCAGCAACUGAACGCUGAGCUUGAGUACAUGGUAAAAUUAUUAGAAUUGCUGAGCCAAGAAGGAUUUUCUAGCAAAGAGAAUUCUGAGAGAAUAAGUGAGCUUGUUCAUCUCCAUCAAACGAUAAAGGACACAAUGACAGAAUAUGAUGAUGUUUUCAACAAGACAGUCCAAUUCCAUCAUGUUAAAAAAGAACUGGAAUAUCUGUCAAAAUCAGGAGAACUGGAUAUUCCUGAAAUAAGUGAGGGCCCUGAAGAUGUGCACCAUGCGAAAGCCUGUCUUUUGAAUGCUCAGGAGAAACAUGCAUGGAUCAGGCAUCUAUAUAGACUGGUUCUUAACCAGGGAGUGAAUGUUGUGUCUGCAGUGCAGCAACCUAAUCGCUUAAAUGUUUCUGUAAAGAAUCUAAAGCAGGAGCUUGCUAGACUUGAGUAUGACAGCAUUAACUGGAGCUCCAAAGCAGAUAAGUAUGAGGAAGAACUGUUGCAGAAUUUCCAAUACUGCACCACUCAAGAGGAGAUAAAUGAGCUCAGAGAAUCAUUUAAGGAUCUCAAAAAGAAACUCAACAAUUUGAAGUUUAACUAUACUAAGAAAACUGAAAAAGCUCGAAAUUUGAAAGUACUUAAAAUACAGAUUCAACAAGUUGAUAUGUGUGCUGAGAAAAUGCAGAUUCUCAAAAAGAAGAUGGAUAAUUUAGAGAAGAAAGUCACUGGUUCUGUGGCAAACCAACCUAAUGCUAAAGUCAAAGUCCUCUUAGGGUCAGUCAGUGAGUUACAAAAACAGCUGAGGGACUUUGGCAGAGUUGUGGAGGAUUACAAGCAAAACCUGGAUCUCAUGGAGCAUCUGCAGCAGAUGAUGGAAGAGUGUCAAUUUUGGUUUGAAGAUGUGAGUGCGACAGUCAUUAGAGUUGGCAAGUAUUCUUCAGAGUGUAAAACAAGAGAAGCAAUAGAGUCUCUCUACAAGCAAUUCAAUAAGUUUAUUGAGCCUGCAGUGCCUCAACAAGAAGCAAAAAUUCAGGAGAUUACAGACCUUGCUAAACGCUUAUAUGGUAUUGAAGAAGGAAAGAAGUACGCUGAAAAAAACAUAUCAAAGUACAACGAAGUGCUUAAUUCUAUUGAUGAGUUGUAUAGAUCUCUGAGAGAAUUUAAGGAGAUUCAGAAAGGUGAGCUUGCUGAAGAGAUGGCUACUGUACAAAUAGCAGAAACAGGAAAUGGUAAAGAUACAUGUAUGAAUGUUAUUAAAGUCAAAGCAGGGGGACAAAGGCAAAAGGUGGGAUCAGAUAUAUUGCACUCGAAUUCAGAAAGCAUUACUGAGAAGAGAAACUAUACUCUUCCUCCUUCUACCAACCCUAAACAGGAAAGGAAUAAAUUGGCUGAUAUUCCAGUUAUCUACCCAGCUGGUGAGGAUUUUGUUUCACAGGAUACAGACCUGUCAUCUUCAGCCAAAGAGGAUAGUUUACAGACUGAGUUCCUGGCAGAAGAAAUACCCUCUGGAGAUGAAUAUGAAUACGCCACCAGAAGCUGUCAGAGGCAGAUGGUCACCCGAGAAGAGAUUAAAAGUGCAUCAGAAAAGAACAGCAUGGCCAGCCUUUCUGGACAGGCGCCUAACUUCUCCCAGCUUCUAUCUAACAUAACCGUCAUGGAAGGUUCUCCGGUAACUUUGGAAGUAGAAGUAACAGGAUUCCCAGAGCCUAAACUGACAUGGUACAAGAAGGGCCAGAAACUGACUGCAGAUGAGCACUUAAAGCUUUUACAAAAGGAGACAAAGCAUUCAUUGUUCAUUCAGAAGGUGUGUGAUAAAGAUGCUGGCCUCUAUGUUGUUCGGGCUAAAAAUUCUAAUGGCACUAUCUCAUCAAGUGCCAUUCUCCAUGUGAAAGUACAAGGAAAACAGCCAUACUUCAUACAAAAGUUUGGACAUACAACUCUACAAGAAGGAGAAGAUUUAAUCUUGCAUUGCAGUGUAUAUGGUAGGCCUAAACCACAGGUCUGCUGGACUAAGGAUGAUAUUCCAGUGACAGCUGGAGGAGGCAUCAGUACUGAGAAAUUAGGAGACACCUAUUACCUCUUAAAAAGAAAUGUAGUCCUUGCUGAUACUGGGAAAUAUAUCUGUGUUGCCAGCAAUGAAGUUGGGAAGGCAUACUGUUCAGCUUUCGUAACAGUGAUAGAGAAAAAUAAAAAGCCAGAAAUUUCCACUGUAACUCAGACUAAAUCAGAAUGGGAACAGGAAUACCUGUCAGAAAAAGUGGGUGUCACAACAACUGAACUAGCGCAAACCCAGGACAUGUGUUAUGUGAGAGGUCAAAGACCAGUGGCUAAACAUCUGCCAUAUCAGUUCACUGUUGACUUGGAAACAUCAGAUGAGAUGAGGUUUGAAGAGAAACUCUGGCUUCAGGGUGUGUAUCUUGAAAUUCUGAGGCCAGAAGAGGUUAGCCUCAAUUUGGACUGUGAUCCUGUUCCCCUGGCUGCUGCAGAGGAUCAGAAGAAAGAUUGA